CGCGAGCGUGAGGCGAGUGCGAGCGGCGUGCGGCGGCGAGCGGCAGUGCUCUGCCGACCGCCGGGCCACACCGCGCCAUGGACCGCGCGAGCGGCACCCCGCCGCAAACUCCACCCGCGCAAUCCGGCUUUGGCGCCUUUUGCAGCGCGAUCUCUGAGACGUUUUCGGGAAUGGCUACUACUUCCCGAAGUAGAAAAAAGCAAGACGAUGAAAAGAAAAAGAAGAAGCAGUCGCCAGUGGACGACCGGCCCACCGUGCCCGCGCCGAGCGAAGCUAUGCUCAAAAAUCUGCGAACAGCAUUUGGUCUGUUGGACCGAGACAGCGAUGGUCACGUGACUCCAGCUGAGCUGCAGUUUAUGCUGCGUAACCUUGGCAUCGAGGUCAGCGAUGACCUUAUAGGGGAACUUAUUAAGGACGCGAGUAAAACUGGAAAUGGUCUAAUAGAUGAGAAUGAUUUUAUGCAAUGGGUGACGAAAAUACAAGCACUACAAGGAUUAGAUGUCAGCGCGAGUGGUGGCGAUUCAGAAGAGGAGAUAACGAGAGAUUUGCUCGCAGCAUUUAAGGUGUUCGACCGCGACGACAACGGGUACAUAACCCGGGACGAGCUGCGGACGGCGCUCGAGAUGAUCGGCGAGCCCGUGACCGACGCGCAGCUCAACCAGGUGCUGGCGCUCGGCGACAUCGACCAUGACGGCCGGAUUGACUAUGAAGAGUUCGUCAAGAUGCUAUUGUAACCUGUACCUCUAUGAUUAAGAAAGACCUCACUAGAUGUAAUAAUAGUGUAUUGGAAAUAAUUGUGUAAUGACUUACCCCAGCAGAAAGAGAAACGUAGUGUAGAACUGCGAAUUUUAAGGCAAUCUUUGGACCAUAUUUUUGAUAAGUGUUUGUGCUAGGAAUAUUAAUAAAAAUGUUCUAGAAUCUAGACGUUAAGACGACAGUGGCGUCUUCCAUAUUGUAUUGAAAACAAAUUGUAACGCUUCCGGUUUUAUAAAUUAACUUUGUAUUGAUACAAUCGAAGCUUGAACGUCCUUAUCUCGUGAUAAAUUUUAAGUAUGGUUAAAGACUGUCUUAUCUACUGUUACGCAGGUGAUAGAAGCUAGGAAGAAGCAUGUAAACUAAAAACUCUGGUUGGUACUAGAGUAGAAACUAAGUCGUUUUUUAAUAAUAUUUAUUUGAAAUUGUAGAUAGAUGUAGGUUAUUUCCCUGUUUAGGCUUAUAAUUUUCCUUAGCUUUAUCCUUCUAAAGACGAGAUAAACGUUUGAUGUUAAAGUACCUAAGUAGGCAUCUGUCGCUGAUUGAUAGUCCAGGAUGAAUUAAAAGGUAAAAUUAGAAUCUGUAAAACGUUUUACAGUAAGAUUGUAGACUAGGCAUAUCAAAAUAAUGAAAAAU